AUGCCCCCCCUCUGCGUGGCGACGCGCACAUCUUGCCCACCCCAGCAGCACCCCUGCGCCGCCGCCGCCGCUGCGGAAAACGGUGGUGCCGCCGCCGCGGCGCCCCCCCCGCCGCCCGGCGUCCCGACGCCCGCCGCCGACGCCACCGCCGCCACCUGGGCCGGCGACGGCGACGAGGCGUAUGACGUCAUCGUGGUCGGCGCCGGCCACGCCGGCUGCGAGGCCGCGCUCGCUUCGGCGCGCCUCGGCGCGCGCACGCUGCUGCUGACUCUCACCCUCGACAAGAUCGCGUGGCAGCCCUGCAACCCCGCGGUCGGCGGCCCCGCCAAGUCGCAGCUGGUCCACGAGUGCGACGCGCUCGGCGGCGAGAUAGGCAAGAUGGCCGACCGCUGCUACCUCCAGAAACGCGUGCUCAACCGGUCAAAGGGGCCGGCCGUCUGGGCGCUCCGCGCGCAGACAGACAAGGUCGAAUACUCCGCCACCAUGCGCCGCGUGCUCGAGGCGACCCCCAACCUCGAGAUCCGCGAGGGCAUGGCGGUCGGGCUGGAGGUCGGCGCCAACGAUGACGUCACCGGCGUCAGGACGUACUGGGGUUUAGUCUUCCGCGCCCCCGCGGUCGUGCUGACCACGGGCACGUUUAUGAACGGCCGCAUCUGGGUCGGCCGCGCGUCGAUGCCCGCCGGCCGCGCGGGGGAGGCGCCGAGCGCGGGGCUGACGGAGGCGCUCGCGGCCCUCGGCUUCGAGACAGACCGGCUCAAGACCGGCACCCCCGCGCGCGUGGACUCCCGGACCGUGAACUUCUCGGUGCUCGAGCCGCAGCCGGGGGACGAGGAGGACCGGUGGUUUUCGUUCGACCCCGCGGCGCACGUGCCGAGGGAGCAGAUGGCGUGCCACCUGACGCACACCACGGCGGAGACGCACAGGCUGAUUCGCGAGAACCUGCAUGAAACACCCGUCUAUGGCGGCUGGGUGGAUUCCAAGGGGCCGAGGUAUUGUCCCUCCAUAGAGGACAAGAUUGUGCGGUUUGCUGACAAGGCCAGCCACCAGAUAUUCCUGGAGCCUGAGGGCAGGACGACGCCAGAGCUCUACGUGCAGGGCUUCUCCACGGGCCUGCCCGAGCGCCUGCAGCUGGCGCUGCUGCGCACCCUGCCCGGUCUGGAGGGCGUGAAGAUGCUGCGGCCCGCAUACGCGGUCGAGUACGACUACAUCCCCGCGCACCAGUGCCACGCGACCCUGGAGACCAAGUCGAUCCGCGGCCUCUUCCUGGCCGGCCAGCUCAACGGCACCACCGGCUACGAGGAGGCCGCCUCCCAGGGCCUCAUCGCCGGCCUCAACGCGGCGCGGCGCGCGGCGGGUGACGCCCCGGUGACGCUGGCGCGGGAGAGCAGUUACAUCGGCACGCUGCUGGACGACCUGGUGACUAAGGACCUGCGGGAGCCGUACCGCAUGCUCACCAGCCGCAGCGAGUACCGUCUGCUGCUGCGCUCCGACAAUGCGGACCGCCGCCUGACGCCGCUGGGGCGGGAGCUGGGGCUGGUACCGGAUAACAGGUGGCGGCUCUUCUCCGCCAAGCAGGCGCGCAUCGACGAAGAGAAGGCUCGCCUCGCCACCACCCGGGUGUCCGAGGCGCACCCCGCCGCGCUCGCCGCCGCCGCCGCCAGCGGCCAGGCGGUCGUUCGGGCAGUGACUCUCGAGGAGCUCCUGCGGCGGCCGCACGUUCACUACGCGCUGCUCGCGGCCGGGGAGGCGCAGGCCGCGGCGGCAGCGGCGGCAGCAAAGGCGGAGGCGGAGGCGGGGACAGCCGGUGAGGAGGCGGCCGGCGACGAGCAGUGGCGGCAGGAGCAGGAGCGGCAGCAGGAGGAGCAGCAGCAAGAGCAGCAGCGGCGGCGGCCGCUGACGGCGGCGGAGGCGGAAGCUGUAGAGAUUGACAUCAAAUAUGCAGGGUUCAUCACUCGGCAGGAGAAGCAGCUCGAGUCUGUGGCGUCAAAGGCCGGGAAGGUCCUCCCCGCCGACCUGGAUUACUCGUCCAUCAAGACGCUCAGCAUGGAAGCCAGGGAGAAGCUGGCCAAGAUACGGCCGAGGGACAUCGGGCAGGCCGGGCGGAUCGGGGGCGUCAGCCCCGCUGACGUAACCGCCCUCCUGCUGCACCUCGAGGUGCAGCGGCGGCGCGCGGCCAACGCGGCGGCGGCCGCGGCGGCCGGUGAGAGCGGCGGCGAAGCGGCCGCGGAGGCGCGGCGCCCCGCGGGGGCGGCGGCGAGCCCGCGCGUGGCGGCGGCGCGGCAUUGA